UGUAUCCCAUCCAAAGACGUUUCAUCCCGUCCCGUCGUGCCAAAAUAUCAUGGUACAUAGACAAAAAAAUCCCCACCCACACUCUAGGCUCGUACAUUUUCCCCCCAUCACUCGGAAGCUAUAUAAAUCCAAAAUCCGAAAUUCUUAUUCAUUUCCUCGAAUCCAGUCUUCCUUUGUUCAUUCUUCACUCCUACAAAAAUCCCACUUCAGAUCAACGCACAGUAGACACACAAAGAAUUGUGUUCAAGAACAAAAUGAAGGACGUGAUCAACAAGAGUCUCGCUUGUUUAGUUGUGUUCUUCCUUUUCUUGUGUUUUUCUUUAACAUUUACAGGAACCGUUGAUUACAAAUCAAGAUUUCUCUCGUUCUUACCCCAAUCGAGUAAUUCUACGUUCUGCCGCACUGGAUCGCCGCUCCGAGUGUAUAUGUACGAUUUGCCGCGGCGGUUCAAUGUGGGGAUGAUCGACGGUUCAUUGCCGGACGAGAGUCCGGUGAGGGCGGAGAAUUUUCCGGCGUGGAGGGAGAAUAAUGGGCUCCGGAAGCAGCAUAGCGUGGAGUAUUGGAUGAUGGCGUCCCUGCUGUACAAUGGGGAUGAGGAUGGUGAUUCCGGGUCGAGCCCAGAGGCUCUUCGGGUUAUGGAUCCGGAGCUAGCUGAUGUGUUCUUUGUGCCUUUCUUUUCUUCUCUCAGCGUCAAUGUACAUGGCCGCAAUAUGACAGACCCGGAUACAGAGAUUGACAUCAAAUUGCAGCAUGAAAUUGUUGAGAUUUUAAGAGGAUCCGAACACUGGCAGAGGUCUGCUGGACGGGACCAUGUAAUUCCUAUACAUCAUCCUAAUGCUUUCAGAAUUCAUCGUGAUAAAGUGAAUGCUUCCAUUUUUAUUGUUGCCGAUUUUGGUCGCAUAAUGAGUAUUUCUCAACUGGCAAAAGAUGUUGUCGCUCCAUAUGUACACAUGGUGGAAUCAUAUCUCAGUGAUAACAAAGAGGAUCCGUACGAGUCUCGUAAAACCCUUCUCUUCUUCCGUGGGAGGACUGUGAGGAAAGAGGAGGGACUAGUUCGUGUUAAACUGAAAAGAAUAUUAGGAAAAAAUGAAGAUGUCAUAUAUGAAGAAGGCAGUGCAUCAAAAGAAGGAUUUAGAACUUCGACUGAAGGAAUGCGUUCAUCCAAAUUCUGUUUAAAUCCUGCGGGAGACACUCCAUCAUCUUGCCGCCUUUUUGAUGCCAUCGUGAGCCACUGUGUUCCUGUCAUAGUGAGCGAUAAAAUCGAGCUACCCUACGAAAGUGAAAUAGACUACAAGGAGUUCUCAAUUUUCUUCUCGGUUAAAGAUGCAUUAAAACCGGACUACAUGCUCAAUGAGUUGAAGGGAAUCCCAAAAGAAAAAUGGAUGAAAAUGUGGUCGAGACUUCGGAGCAUUUCACAUCACUUUGAAUACCAAUACCCCGCAAAGAAGGAAGAUGCAGUCAAUAUGAUUUGGCGACAGGUUCGGGAUAAACUUCCUGCUGUAAAUCUUGCUGUACAUAGGAGCAGGAGGCUGAAAGUGCCAGAUUGGUGGAGAAGAUAAGUUUUCUAAAUCCUGCUUUUGUAAUUUUAUACAUUAGUUUCUUGUUUGGUGAAGUGCUAAACAAUACUGGAGAGUGUCAAGGAAGAAAAAUGAACUAAUGUAAUUCUUUGCAGCAGACCAGGCUGAAACAUAAUAAGUGAAUAGACGUAUCUAUGCGAAAGUAGAACAAUGGUGUGUAAAGGGAUAGUUGAUGAGUUUCUCAUUACACAUAGUACAGUUGGGUCGUCGACCAAAGGUCGAAGAGGGACGACAUUUGUCCCCAUGAGAUCUGAAUGAUCUUGCUUUUCUUUGAACAUGACAAAGGAUAAAGAAUGUUAAGAAUCUGGACUCUUCCCACUGCUAUGGAGCUUACGGUUUUGUGAUA